UACACAAUGAACACGAUUUUUAUAGCAAUAUUGGUAAGCGCAAUAUCACUAAGCAGUGCUAUAGAUAAUCCAGAAUCAUCGAAACUUAUAUCGGAGAGUAAACCAUCGGCGGGAACGAAAGAUCUCGAGACGUCUGCCAGUGAUAGAUUUUUCCUGGGAGCCAAAGAUUACUCUACCUAUGGUAGUGCUUACAAUUACGGAAGUUACCCCGGUUCUUACUACAAUAACUACAAUGGUUACUAUCCAUCAUCAAACUCAGUAUAUCGUGGGUAUCAAUCAGGUUUGAGCGGGAUACUCGGAACUAGAUAUAAUGGAUACGGUGGUGGAUAUGGAUACGGCAAUGGAUACGGGUAUGGUAAUUAUGGUUUAGGAGGAUCAGUAUACAAUGGAUAUGCCAACGGUGUUGGUUACGGUACUGGACUAGGUGGAAUUGGAGUUGGAUAUGACGAUAGCCUAAAUGGUCGAGGUUACAAUCGUUGGAACAUUAUUGACGGGAAUAAUGGUGGCUAUUACAGUGGUGGAUACGCCAAUCGUCCGAACGAUUACCUAGGAUACUCAGGAAACUCAGGAUAUGGCUUAGGAUCUGGCAAUUAUCCCUAUCGUGGAAUCGGUUCUUAUUCUUACAACAGUUAUCCUUCAGGCUACCGAGGGUACUCGUAA